CCUAGCCUGCCUUUUGUUAGAUACCCAGUUUAAGGGUUUAAUUUCCCAGGCAAGGAAAACAGUUGUGAGGAAAAUGUACGGCAGGUGAAUCAUGCUCACUUUUGAACUAACCUUUUAUAAGCGUGCGCAUUUUUUGCAGCGCGCCCAACGCCAUCUCCACAACAGCAGCCAAGGACAAGAAGAGCAUCAGCAGAUCGAGUGAGAGGAGGAGAGAGGAAGGUGCCUCCUCUCGCCAUUGCCAUCACCAUCACCACCACCACCAUCGUCUCUCUCUUUGAGUCCGUGUCGGUGAAGAUGAUGCUGCGCUAACAGGCGGCGAGAGGAGUGCCGGAGCGCUGGAAGGAUUUUAACUUGAGAACGCGGACAAAACAUAUAUAUUUUUGGAUUUCGGCUCUAUUCCCCUUCGCCAAUGCAAAAGGAAAUAUGCAGCGAAGCUUCUCCAUCCUCUACACCAGUUUACUGGGGAUGUGCUUGGCUUCAAGCGCAAGUUUCCCAAGUAACAUCAAUAUAGGAGGAUUGUUUCCCACCGAGUCCCACGAAUAUGAAGUGUUUCGCUUCGCCCUCUCUCACCACCAGGACAUCCCCAAACUGGUGCCGCAGGUCGAUAUGGUCAAAAUGGGCAACAGCUUUUCCAUGACAUAUGCCUUCUGCUCCCAGUUCUCCAAAGGAGUGUACGCCAUCAUCGGCUUGUAUGACAGGAAGACGGUCAACAUGCUGAUGUCCUUCUGCGGCGCCCUGCACGUCUGCUUUGUUACCCCAUCCUUCCCGAUUGAGACGGCUAACCAGUUUGUCAUCCAGCUGAGGCCUGAGCUACAGGAUGCUCUCGUGGGUGUUAUCGAAUACUACAGAUGGACCAAGUUUGUCUACAUGUACAGUUCAGACUCAGGUCUGUCUGUGCUCCAGAAGGUUCUGGACACAGCAGCAGAGAGGAACUGGCUGGUGACGUCAGUCAAUGUGGAGACCAUGACUGAGGCGUCUUUCUUGAAAGUGUUCCAGGAUUUGGACAAGAGGAAGGAGGGACAGAUUAUCAUCGACUGUGAGACAGAGAGGCUUACUGGCAUUCUUAAAAAGAUUGUUGAGCAAGGCAAGAAUGCAAAGAGUUACCACUACAUCUUGGCUAACCUGGGUUUUCUGGACAUUGACCUGACAGACCUACGGAAGGGUGGGGCGAACAUCACCGGCUUCCAGCUUGUCAACAACUCAGAGCCUAGUGUCAGUCGUGUCGUCCAGCAAUGGAUAGAGUUUGACAACAAAGAUUCCAAAGUGCCCAAAAGUGGACUCAAGUACACUGGAGCUCUGACAUAUGAUGGUGUAAAAGUCAUGUCAACAGCGUUCCAGAAUUUAAGGAGACAACGAAUAGACAUCUCUCGCAGGGGCAACGCUGGUGAAUGUCUUGCCAACCCACCAGCUCCCUGGGGUCAGGGCAUAGACAUCCAGAGAGCCUUGCAGCAGGUUCGGAUAGAAGGACUGACUGGUCAUAUUCAGUUCAAUGAGAAAGGCCGCAGAACCAACUACACUGUUAGUGUCAUGGAACUGGCUCCUUCAGGACCCAAAAAGGUUGGCUACUGGAAUGAAGAUGAGAAGUAUGUGACCACGGCAAGUGUCAUGAGAGGCAGCAAUGACACUUAUGGCCUUCAGAACCGAACUUACAUUGUCACCACUAUCUUGGAGUCUCCAUAUGUGAUGCUGAAGAAAAACCAUGAGCAGCUUGUCGGGAAUGAUAAGUACGAGGGCUACAUUGUGGAGCUGGCUGCAGAGAUAGCAAAACAUGUUGGCUACCAGUACAAACUGAAGAUUGUUUCAGACGGUAAAUAUGGAGCCAGAGACCUUGAAUCCAAGAUGUGGAACGGCAUGGUUGGAGAACUUGUGUAUGGGAAAGCAGAUGUAGCUGUGGCUCCUUUGACCAUCACCUUGGUCCGUGAGGAAGUUAUUGACUUCUCCAAGCCCUUCAUGUCACUGGGUAUCUCCAUCAUGAUCAAGAAACCCACCAAAUCCAAACCUGGAGUGUUCUCCUUCCUGGACCCUCUGGCUUACGAGAUCUGGAUGUGCAUCGUUUUUGCCUACAUUGGCGUCAGCGUUGUGCUGUUCCUUGUCAGUCGCUUCAGCCCAUAUGAAUGGCACGCAGACGACUACGAGGAGGGAGGCGAACCACAAAGCCCCACUCAGGCGGCGGCCUCUAAUGGGUUGCAACAGGGCCAGACAACCGCCCAGCAGAACACCAACCAGCAGAGCGUGGAGCAGACCAAUGAGUUUGGCAUUUUCAACUCCUUGUGGUUCUCUCUGGGGGCCUUCAUGCAGCAAGGCUGUGAUAUCUCACCACGCUCUCUUUCAGGUCGCAUAGUUGGAGGAGUGUGGUGGUUCUUUACCCUCAUUAUCAUCUCAUCCUAUACUGCCAACUUGGCUGCCUUUCUGACAGUGGAGAGGAUGGUGUCUCCUAUAGAGAGUGCUGAAGAUUUGGCCAAGCAAACAGAGAUUGCCUAUGGAACACUGGAUGCUGGCUCCACGAAAGAGUUUUUCAGAAGGUCUAAAAUUGCUGUGUUUGAGAAGAUGUGGUCCUACAUGAAGUCCGCCGACCCGUCCGUGUUUGUCAAGACCACAGACGAGGGCGUGAUAAGGGUGCGGAAAUCCAAGGGAAAGUAUGCCUACCUUCUGGAAUCCACAAUGAAUGAGUACAUAGAGCAGAGGAAACCCUGUGACACAAUGAAAGUGGGAGGAAAUCUGGACUCAAAAGGUUACGGCAUCGCCACUCCCAAGGGCUCCCCCCUCAGAAUCCCAGUAAACCUAGCGGUGUUGAAACUCAAUGAGCAAGCCGUCUUAGACAAACUGAAAAACAAAUGGUGGUACGAUAAAGGGGAGUGUGGCAGCAAGGACUCCGGAAGAAAGGACAAGACAAGCGCUCUGAGCCUCAGCAACGUGGCCGGAGUCUUCUACAUCCUGAUCGGCGGCCUGGGCCUGGCCAUGCUGGUGGCACUGGUGGAGUUCUGCUACAAGUCCAGGACCGAAUCACGUCGAAUGAAGCAAUCCAUCAACGACGCCAUGCGCUGUUCCACCCUGACCAGAAUGAGCGGUAACGGGAGCGGAGGAGAGAAUGGACGCCUCCUCACCCACGACUUCCCCAAAACCAUUCAGACGCUGCCGUGCAUGAGCCACACCGCCAGCAUGGGACUGGGUGCCUCUGGCAUGUGAUCACAUCACUCGGUUUUGGGGAAGGGGAGGGCAGGAUGUAAGUCGGGUGGGACAGGAAGAGUACAAGACUCUGAUGACCUCCCCGGAAAAAAAAAAAAAAAGAAAAAAGUCAUGGCUAUGUGAUUUGACCCAUCUAUUCUGGCUGUGCCCGACUGGAACGAGAUUUAACUUACUGCCAAAAUGCACUCUUCAAACAAACUCCUUACAAGUGAAAGAGACUCAUGACAUUUUUUUUAAUACGUGGAUAUUUGCAAUGUAAAAAAAAAAAAAAGGUGAGAGAAGAAGGGAAGUGUGCUGCAAUAAAGAAACUGGGUGUGAUUUUCCAUUUUUUACAGUGUUCAUUUCUGUGGCGCAAAAAGAAAAGAACUUCAACCUUAAGUGUGACGCCUGCGUUGUGCCAUUUGGAUGGAGUUGUUUGUUUGUGUGUGCAAUAUUUUCACCUCUACUGCUGACCUUGUACUACCUAGAUGCUUUCCGGUGGCUGAUGGUGUCUUUGCACAGAUGUGACGAGGACAAACACUUGCUAUGAUGAUUUCAUUUAAUGUUUUGGUUUGUUAUUUUUGGAGCCAUGCCUGCACACGUUUCACUCUUUUACACUUUGGGAGGACCAAGUGCUCUGUGUAGCAUAGCCAGGUAUCAGUAUGGUUUGCACUGCUGUAUAAUGUGAAAAGUGUGGUUGAGUUGAUUCACUCUCCAUUAAAGGCUGUCUGAAGCCGCAGUGCUUGGCCAGGCCAGAAGAAAACAUGCAUUGCUGCUACACUUCAUGUAACACAUCAUGCCUUGUCUUUGUGCCAUAGCACCAUUAUUUGUAUGGACACACACUCUGUUGUUGUUUUUUAAACAAUAUGUGUGAUGACAGAGAAGGCACACUGGCGCAAAAUAUGAGUGACCUUACACUGUAUUCUGCUGCUACGACAUUCCCAGCAUACCCACUGCUAUACUCUGAAAUCUAUUAGCAGUACAGGUACACAUCAAAUAACAGAGAUUGGCUCCAGAAAGAACCAGGAGAAAAGGUUGCUGGAAAUAUUGUUAAAUCCGUUGCUCUUAUCGAUUCUGUGAUGUCUUUUGUGCUGUGUUCACUUUUGAUGAAAUGGGAAGUGCCGCCAGUCACACGUAAUUUCCUUUGCACAUUGCAGGUGGCCCACUUUCAAAUAAUUCCAAUACCGUUACUGAAAUUGUCAUUUUAGUAAACAUUCCAAUAAAUAUUAGGCAAUCUAAUUUUAAAAUAAUUCCUUCCAAAUUUAAGAUUGCACUAAUUUAUUUCAUGACUAAUGUGAUUUUUUUUUGGGGGGGGGGGUAUUUUUACUGGGAUUUUAUUGUUAAAAAUUCAAAUUUUUCUUGAAUUUUUAAAUGCAAUUCACUUAUUAAUAAAAGUAAGUCUUUAAAUUUCGAUUAGCUAGGGGUGUAACGAUUCAUUUUAAUAAUGAUUCGAUUUGGGUCAUGAUUCGUGGUUCCUGAUUUGAUUCAAGGAUGAUAGUUGUUCAGUUAGAACGAUAUGUACCAAAAUGAUUAAGUGAUUUUAAAUCAAUUCAGUAGCCAAAAAAUCAACUAGUGUGACUGUGAAUAAAAUACCUGGAUACUGGAUAGUGCAGGUGACCUUUCAUGAAGUCCUGUUGUUUUUUUUUUUUUUUUCAUAAGGAAACCUAUUCCUUGCCAAAGACGGAUCAAUGUAAUUGGAUCAUACAUCAAUAUACAUCAAUGUAGUAGAUGAAUCGUUACACCCCUACAGAUAACAUGGAAUAUAAUUAGACGUUUUUAUUAUUAUAUUACCCACAAAAAAAAUUUAGAUUUUUAGUCACAUUUAUAGUAUUCUUUUUUUUUGUAUUUUAUGGGGCCUCAUUAUGAUACAAACAUCAAGAAACACAAUGUUGUCGAUGUCUAUAGGUAGAAAUUGUCCAGGCAGGUGACAAUUUAUUUGCAGUGUAUCACAGGUAGAAGCAAUUCAGACAAUGUUCUUUUUUUUUUUUUUUUUAAUUCAUUUCGCCAUUUUCCACUUACCUUAUCGCAUGUCCUCGCUCCACUUGAACAGUUCCUCCAGUGGAAUGUCAGGAAACAGACAGUAGAUGAAAGCAGAAGGCUGGUACAUGAAAACAUGAAAUUACAGUCAUUUAUCAGCGUACAAGCCCUGGAAUACAUUGUACAUUGCACAUUGUUCAUACCUAAAGCUGUGAUUUUACCUGAAGGUCAGUGGAAGGUUGUUGCUGGGUGUGUUCUUGGAUGUCAGCUGUCACAUUUAAAGUACCGCCCACAUUUGACCAUCCCUUCCUCCUCUAUGAGACGUGCAUUGUUGUCACCUUCAUUUUCUGCUUUACAAACAUGGUACCAAAUUGAAUACAUAUUUUUAAGAUGGAGAAAUAGGCAUCAAGUGUUUACCCAAAUCGUACAUAUCACCACUUCUUAUGUAUAUACAAAGGACUUCCUCUCUCAAACGUUUGUUUGCAAACAUGCCUCAGUGUACCUGAACUGCGUGACUACUUUUCUCCCUCCCAUCUCUGCGUCUUCUUGUGCUGGUUUAUUAAUUAGGACACAGCGCAGUGCUCCUCAGAGGAGGCUUCGCCUUCAGAGAGAUGUUUUAUAUGCCAUUACAGAUUUAUAUAAAAAAUAGAAAUUAAAAAAAAGACUCAGUGUUUGUACAUAGAAGAGAGUUGGGUUGCUGGUGUUUUACACUUUGAAUGGUGUAAAACAAAAUAUGCCAUGUGGAAUUAUCUGUAGAAACUAAUGUUCAGAUCCAGUUUGGGUUUCUUUUUCAUUUUAUUGUUCAGGUUUAACAAUGAUUUUCUGUUUGUAUUUUUAAGUGCUAGUAUUUUAACACCAUUUGAAUAUAUCCGUCUUGGAAUCUAAUCAUAGUUUCAUCACAAGAAAGGUUUAUCGUUCUUUUUCUGUUUGUUUUUUACUAAAAAAAAAAAAAAAGGUGUAUAAGAAUUUCAAAAUCAAAACAUCAGUUAAUAAAAGUGUUCAAAGGAGGUGAAUUUUUUUGAGAAAUAUUUUUUUCUAACCAAAGUGUUCUGGAAGGAAGUCAUCACGCUUUUGUAACAGAAUAAAGGAAUAAACGAUGUGUGUUUGUUCAUGUA